UCCACCAGGAUGGCUCCAACCAACACCAGAGACUCUCCCAUCUCAGUGCUCUCUACCAAAGACAGACACAAACUGAGGAAACCAGUUGUGGAGAAGAUGCGCAGAGAUCGCAUCAACAGCUGCAUUGAGCAGCUCAAGGUCCUGCUGGAGAAGGAGUUCCACAAACAGGAUCCCAACGCCAAGCUGGAGAAGGCCGACGUGCUGGAGAUGACGGUGGUGUUCCUCAAGCAGCAGCUGCAGCCUCAGAGCCCCAGCGCUCACACGGCUCACAGCGACGGAUACUCCCACUGCUGGAAGGAGACGCUGCACUUCCUGUCCCAAAACUCCCUGAAGGAGGCGACGCUCCCACACCUCCAGCACCUCCACGCUGCCCACAGAGCCGGCCAGGACGCCUGCCCCACGCCGGCCCUCUCCUCCCACAGCCACAUCCAGGCUGCAGGGAAGCAGCCGCCCGGCCCUCACAGAGCCGUGUGGAGACCCUGGUAGAAGCUGCUCUGGAGCUCGGAGGGUGGAUGUUCUCCAUCAGGAGGAGACUGACCUCCAGAAGAUUUAUCUGACGGAUGUUUCGUUUUCAUAUGUCUAGAGAAAAAGAGUGGAAGUGACAUUUGUGUUUCUUCAGAUUGAAGAGUGUUUGCCUGUUGCUGAGGCAGACGGUUCAGGUUGUGCUCUGUUGAUGCACUUUUACUGUAAUUCCUCCUCCUGUUUGCAGCGAGGAGUGUGUGUGUGUGUGUAGAGACACUGUCAAAAGCUUUGCCUUAAACCUCAUUAUCAUUCUGAGUCUGUUAAUGGUGUUUUAGUAUGUUUAAUGCCUUUUGUAAAGGCUGUGUCGGAGCUCCAGAUGCUCCA